CUUUUAUUUUCUCGUGUUUUUUUUUUCUUUUUCUUUUUUUUGUUUGACUUCUAUCAAACUCGUAAGCUUCUCUCUAAGCCCUUCUCUCUCUGUUGCUUCGAUUCCCAAAGGGUUUAUAGAAGUUAUGAAUCCUAAUCCAGUGAGUACUACUAAUGCGUUUGUCAAACCUGUUCCAACUGAAGAAGAACAAGCAAAGAUUGAGGAAGUGAGGAAGCUGCUAGGGACAUUACCAGAGAAACUAUCGAGGUUUUGUUCUGAUGAUGAGGUUUUGAGGUAUUUAAGAGCUAGGAAUUGGCAUAUCAAGAAAGCUACUAAGAUGCUUAAAGAAACCUUGAAAUGGAGAGUCCAAUACAAACCUGAAGAGAUUUGUUGGGAGGAAGUAGCUGGUGAAGCUGAGACAGGGAAGAUAUAUAGAUCGACUUGUGUAGAUAAACUUGGAAGACCUGUUCUUGUUAUGAGACCAAGUGUUGAGAAUUCGAAGUCUGUGAAAGGUCAGAUUAGGUACCUUGUGUAUUGUAUGGAGAAUGCUAUUCAAAAUUUGCCACCAGGGGAGGAACAAAUGGUGUGGAUGAUUGAUUUCCACGGCUAUAGUUUGGCGAAUGUGUCGUUACGAACUACGAAAGAGACAGCUCAUGUGUUACAAGAACAUUACCCUGAGAGAUUAGCUUUUGCUGUUCUUUACAAUCCUCCUAAGUUCUUUGAACCCUUCUGGAAGGUGGCGAGGCCGUUCUUAGAGCCAAAGACACGGAACAAAGUGAAGUUUGUUUACUCUGAUGACCCAAACAGUAAGCAGAUAAUGGUUGAGAAUUUCGAUAUGGAGAAGAUGGAGUCAGCGUUUGGUGGAAACGAUGACUCGGGUUUCAACAUAAACUUGCAUUCAGAGAGAAUGAAAGAGGAUGAUAAGAAAAGACUAGCUGCCUUGGAGAACAUAGCUUCUGUUUCUCUAGACUCACUUAGCAUCUUAUCGGUCUCUGAUGGUGCCGCCUCUAACAGUACUGCUCACCUCAACUCUCAGGAUGUCUCUGAAGACGAGCAUCAACCUCAAACAAAGGGAUCUAUCCCAUGAUGAGUAUCAAAACAUUUGUAACUUCAUUCUAAGAAUCUACCUGCAAAAUCAUUGUAUGUUUUCGUAUUCUAUUCUCAACCGCGAAGAGACUCCAAAUGUAUUUUUUUCGAUUAGUAAUAAAACCAUGACAAAGAUGUGUAAUAGAAA